CUUCCGCUUUUAGUAAUCGCGAUACAUUCGAACGUGUCGUUCGGUACGCGGGUGGUGGGGGCAGACCUCUCGUCGAAUCUAACGACGAAAAUUACGCGCUUGGAGCGUUCGAAAGCCACCACGUGUUUUUACGAUUUACCCGAUGUCUUUUGGGAGUUUACAUUUAAAGUUCGAUGAGGUUUUAAUUGGUUCGGUUUUCUUUUAUGCGAAUGUGCCCAUCGAUGCACAUUUCUAAUAUCCUCCGUCGGGUUUGUGUGUCGUGUCAGCUUGUUACGUAUUUGCGGGGUGAACAAGUAGUUUCGCUAACGGAAAUCGAUCGCUGCACAGGGUGAUUUGUGAUAAAUGCGUCGAUCAACGAUGGCAUAGCAACAACGGGUUGUUGGAUGGUGUUUGUCGACUUUAAUGUGGCCGGCGAAAGAAGUGCUGACGCCGAGUGCCGGUAAACGAGUCUGUAAAGUCGGUGCUUCGAUUAGGUAGCAGUUGUUUUAAUUAAGGCAGUGUACUCGGAUCUAAAGUGGAAUUUUACAUUUGAAAAAGAGGGACGGCACCGCCCCGAACAUUAAAACAAACAAUUUUCGAUAUAAAUAAAAGGUGUCGCGCGUUAUCUAUCGUUUCGUCGAUUUGAAAAGCAUCGCUGACAGCCGGAGAUAAUGCGACACGAUUUAGUUUAUUUUAUCGAGUGACCUUAGACGGUUGUCUUUGUCUCGCGCGCGCGCGCGGAAACAAUGUCGUCGUCCGGCGAAGAGACAGCGACCGACAACGAAGAGCCGAACAAUAACAACGUGGACAAAUUCGAUGAUGACGUCGUCGAGGCUUCGAAUUUCGUCGGGAUCAUCGGCGAACACGGCCCGCUCGAUCUCGACCGUCGCUUCGACGAGAGUGACAUCAUCCAUAGUUUUAUGCAAAAUUCGUCCGACGAAGCGGAGGCGCGACUAUGGGCGAAACGCCAGGCGCGCGCAGAAGCCCGCGAGAUUCGCAUGCGCGAGCUGGAACGGCAACAGCGCGAGCAGGAAGAGAACGCGGACAGGCAGUUCGACAUGUUGGCGGCGGCGUCGGAGCCGCCCGCAGCCGCCCUCGUCAGGACGCCCCGCAGUGCCCGCUACCACAACGUUUCGAGUCGUAGAAGUUCCGAGGAUUCGCUCGAGGACGCUGGCGGAAGUUUGAGAGAGUUGAGGCACGAGCUCAAAGAGGUGGAGGAGAAGUUCCGGAAGGCGAUGAUAGCGAACGCCCAGCUGGAUAAUGACAAAGCGGCCCAAACGUACCAGCUGGAACUUUUAAAAGACAGGUUAGAGGAAUUGGAGGAGGAUCAGUCGCAGUUGAAGCGGGAACACAGGGACAAGUGCAGGGAACACGACCAACUGAAGAGGUUGUACACGCAGCUGAAGGACGACCUGGCCGCCUUUAAGCAUGAACUGGCGGAACGAGACCGCCUCAUAGCCGAGAAGGGCCUGGUGUUGGUGACGUGCGAGGACGAUGGCGUCGCGGAGGGCGGGGACGGCGAGCAGGGGUUGCCCCGGAAGGCGCUCGUCACGGCCGAUAACGCCAAGUUUCUGGAGACCGCCGGCGACGGGAGUUUGGACGUUCGGCUGGCCCGAUUCGCUAAAGAAAAAAGCGAACUGCAAGAUCAGAUUAGUCAUUUAAAAUUGGAACUGGAAGAGGAAAGGAACAGGAGGCGGAAAUCCGGCGGCAACAGUUUGCUAAAUGGCCCGUCCUCCGACUAUGACCUCGACGAUGUACAGAGAGAGGCGAGUAAGCAAUUGGCCGACUACAAGUUCCGCGCGCAGAAAGCGGAACAGGACGUGGCAACGUUGCAGGCGACCGUCGCGCGUCUAGAGAGCCAGGUGAUACGGUACAAGACAGCGGCGGAGGUGUCGGAGCAAUCGGAGGAAGCGCUGAAAGCGGAAAAGAGGAAAUUGCAGCGCGAGGCGAGGGAGGCGCAGAACAGGGCGGAGGAGCUGGAAACGUCAAACACGCACCUGCUGAAACGGUUGGAUAAGUUAAAGAACGCCAAAUCGACGUUGCUUAAAGAACUCUGAUGAUGAAAGCGGUUGAGUGGGCGUGACCGGCGAGAUAAAAAAAAAUCGCUUGUCGCCUCCGCAACUUCGAUUCGACGAAGAUCGUUUUAAUUAUUUAUUUUACUUGUGCAUAGAGAUGAUUUUUUUAAAAAAUAAGUUUUAACCUCGUACGUAUGAAUGGAACAAACUAAAAGGGCUAGUCGAGUAUCCGAAUAAUCAUUUAGAGGGAAAUUUUGAACUUCGCGUACGUCGAGAUAAAUAUUUUACACGGGAUUUAUGUCGCAUGCAAAUGAAAAUAAAAUAAAAAUUGGAUGUACAUAUUUUUUUUCAAUUGUAGCUUAAAUCUCGAGAAACGAUACUGCAAAAAACGUUUUUUAUUUAAGCUUAAGUUCUACGCAUGCACAGAGAGAGCGAAUAGAGAAAAACCAGUUUUAUAGUCAUCAUAUUGCGUUGCAUCAUAAGGUAUAGUAAUGCGUUGGUUUUGAUGCGAAGUUCACAGGGGCCAAGUGAAUGCAAUCAGUUUAAUCCUGAACAAAGUUCCUUGGAUUGAUUGAGUUAUAUAGAGUUGAAGUGGUGAAAAGUUAGACGCUUAUUAUUUUAACAUUUUUGAAUAUUUUGUUAAAUUUGCAUUUGCCAACCAUAAUCAAUUUUCACUCGGCUAGCGGCGAAUAGUUGAAUAUUUUGUAAAUAUUGUGUAAUUAAUAUUAAUAUAAUAAAAUAAUAUUCUCAGGAUUUAUCAGAUCCGUACCAUUUUUAUAUAUAAGUAGGAAGGAAGCUUGCAAAAAAAGGUUAAAUAACACUUAACUGUUUUAACUGCUUGAAGGCAUAGAGUGUGUGGGAUAAGUUGAUACAUUUUGGAGUACUGAAAGUAUGCUCAAAUAACGUAUAAAAAGUUCCCAUAAUGUCCUCAAACGCAGAUCUUAAUAGCAUAAUCGAUUUUUUUUGUUUUAUAUACAAUCCAUAUUAUUUUCUUAAGGAAUAUGUUUAUCGAAGAAUGAAUUUUGCUUUCAUCUCUCUAAUUUGUUAUACGAGGAAUGUCCUUCAGUAAAAAUCUAUUUUUGGUUAUACUUUUAUCUCCUAAUAUACCAACUUUUUCAUACAUCUCCUGGCAUAUAUAUACCAUUUGAAAAGGCUCACUUAAAAAAGAAUAAAAGCUCGUGAAAACUGAAAAGAUGUAACUUUUUUUAAACUGCUCAAAAUUAUCAGGAUUUUUUUUUAAUGGCGCGCGGAUGACGUCAUUCUUUUCUCGGUUAACGUUUGUGCCACCAUUAUAAAUUUUAGUCAUUUUAAUGUGAUGAUUAUUUUUUCCUUGUUAAUAUGUUUUAUAUAUUACUUUCUCGAUGUGAGUGUGACGCUUGCAUUGUGUAAAUAUGAAAUACUAUGUGAUUUUCGGUAUACUGUGCGAUAAUCAAUUUUGGUAGAAGGUAUUUGAU